CGAACUUCGGGCUCUACAUGCGAACAGUCACCACGCCUUUGAGCACGCAUAGUCGACGCAAACAUCCAGCGCAUAGCGAUCCGACGCCUGUUUCUGGGUCGCUAUGUGCUGGUGUUUCCCCUUCGGCCUUUCUCAUAACACCAAGCGCAAGAGCUCGUCGUCGGGGCAGAAAAAGAGACGGGAGAGACCGGCCGCCGAUGCGCUUCAUGGGGAUGGGAAGCCAGUUGUCGCGGCGGUUCAGGAGAAGCAUAGAUCGAAAGAGGCGCCUAAAAAGAGGAGGUCCCGGGAGACGGUAACCCCGCGCUCGCCGCGCCGGGAGCGAGAAGAGCAUCGAUCGCGACAGCAGGACCAGUACCAGUACCAGUACCACGACGCCUAUAGAAGCAGAGAACAGUAUAGGCCCGCACUCAACGUCCAGGUCCCUAACAUGUGGCACCGUUCUGUGGAUCCGGAAAGCGUGAAUUCCUCCGAGGAGAUGCUGCUCAAUCCACGCCCGCACAGGAGCCCUCAUCACCGGCAGCACCAUCCGAAGCGGACGUCGCAAACCACGUUGAGGGGACGAGGGGCUAAGAGGGAUCGAACCCCGCCUAAGCAUUCCAAACCCAAGAAGAAUUUGCGGUACGAGAGUUCCGGAGGAUGGUCGUUCUUUGCGCCGUCGCCCCCGAAGACCCCCAAGACCCAGUCGCGACGCUACCAGACUCUGGACUCGUCGCCGCGCAGCCACCGCUCUUCUCGACAGCACCGCUCGACGCAUCAGUAUCAAGAAAUCCCCGAAGCGACGUCUCGUUCGCAACGCCACCACCGUUCUCGCCAGACAGAGCGACAACCAACAUCGACACGCCAAGCACGCUCGCGGACGCCAAACACUGCUGCUCGACGGGACCCAGACAGACGCUUUGCCGUUCUUGCGGCGACGAAUCAAGCAUUGGAACAGCUGCGUCAGGAAGCGUUUGCGCAACCCUCGCCGCCUCCCCGGCGAGAGCCGAGACUGCGGCGUUAUCAGGGGGUAACUGUCGCCGCUUCGUCGAUCCCUUGGGACUGGGAUGGCAUUUCUAGUUCGCAGACUUCAGCUGGGUACGGCGAAUCAAGCGCUCGCCACAGGCGCUCGAGACGCUGAUGUAAGGUGGUCCGGCAGGGCUGAGAUCUGCAUUCGGGAUUUCGCUUAAGCGUUCCUUUCCAUCAUCUCCUGCAUCUUUGGUCAAAGCACACUUCUUCUUCGGCUCAUUGUUCCUUUGCUCGUUGAUUGGCUGGAUACCCGCAUACUGGUCCCCUGGUGUUUCUGGCUUUGGUUCUUCCCCAAUUGUAUACCCCUGCAUUAAUCACUUCUCAAUCGCGCAUAAGGGCUGGACGGUAAGGGAUGGGUUCAUAGAGGCGCAGGCGUCGAAUUUCUUUUUUGGGUAUUGUUUCAUGGUCCUUUCCCCAGGUUCACCCAGCAUAUACAUACACAUAUUCAUUAUCUACCUUCGAAUAGUUACUCAUUAACACCGCUUCUAGCAGCGAACUCG